UGCCAUCAGAGCCAAACGCAUUACAAUUGUUAUUCACUCCACAACUGUCUCUUUCUCUGUUUGCCUCCUCUUCCCUCACAUCACCUCCUUCUUCUUCUUCUUCUUCUUAAAUACUCCUGCAGCUAAGAGCCACCCUUCAUCGGAUGUUCUUGUUUGAUUGAGUAAAAGAAGAACAAAUCUUGUUAUUUUCCUUCUGCAACAUGGCAUCAGCUACAGUCGGAAAAUUAAGCCUUCUCUUGUCUUCUUCACCUCUCCAGGUUGAAGAAGAAACUAAGGCCAUGAUUGAGAACCACCUGGGAAUAGUUUCCAUCCUAAGAUCAGACCAUGCAAACUCAAAUAUGGCCACCGCUAAUACCCUCAGGAGGAAUCUCUCAGCAGACAUGUCCUCAAGGAAAUGGUUGGCUCAAAACGGGUUAUCCUCCUCCUCCUCCUCCACCUCCAUGAAGAAGAUUGCCUCAUCUGAGCAAUUAUCAUCACUGGAGGAUCAGAUCAAUAGUAGGCCAGGGCAAGAUGAUGUUUGGAUGUCAAUCCAACUGAAGAACAUCAACAACAACAACAAGAAAGAGGUUGAAAAACCGGAUACAUGGGAAUCAAUACUGUCACAGAAUGCUAAAGAGGACCACCAGUACCCAAACAACAUAACUCCACCUCCAUACGUACAUCCUCUAGUCAAACGAUCCAGCUCCUUAAGCGAUAAAAGCCUCCAGAUUUGCACGGAGAGCCUUGGGUCUGAGACCGGGUCUGAAGAUUUUUCUUCAUACCCAUCCUCUGAGACGACCUCAAGUGAUACUGAAGAUCAGAACAAGGAAGAACAGCAACAACAACUAAAGCAAACCUCUCAGACGGAGAAACAAUCUGUUGUGGUGGUGGACUCGGCUUCUGGUCGAGAGGAAUGGCAACCUACAAAGUGCAUGUACUCCACUAGAUCCACAUCUACUAGAUCCUUCCCACCUCCUCUUUCUUCUCUGGCCCAAAGUGCUGGCCCGACCCUUCACAUGCAAUCUCGUCGCUUACAUGGACGGUUGGUCCUCGAAGCUGUCUCUGUUCCUUCAAAGAACUUCUUUCAAGCUCAACGCCAAGAUGGCCGGCUUGUUCUUAAACUCAACUCCAAUCAAAAUCAAGAUCUUUCAGAGACAAAUGUUGUGGAAGAUGACUUUGAAGAAGAAGAAGAAGAUGAAGAAGAAGUAGAAGAAAUUGUUAGACAAGAAACUAAAGUCAAAGAAGUGACGGUUCUAAUGGAGCAAGAACCAAGGCUACUCCAAAGUGUGGGGACUAAAGUCAAAGAAGUGACAGUUCUAAUGGAGCAGCAAGAACCAAGGCUCCUCCCAAGUAUGGGGACAAUAAUGUUCCAAAAGAUCAUGAGAAUAGAUAACGUGAAUCCAGCAUGGCCAAACAGGUUCAACAGAAAGAUCAAUUUGUCAAGAGUAGAAAUGGAGUUGGAAUUAGAUCAGGAAGAAGAUGCAACCGCCCAAUCACUGCCUCAUGUGGCUCGGCUGAUACGUUCUCCAGCUACUACCACUACAGUUGGAACAACCGGCUCUUUCAAUGCUUACGAUUACUUUUGGCGGACCAAGCCUACCAACAACCAACAGAGCCCAACCGAAAAGAACAACAACAAAUUGACCAAUCCUCACAAUAGCCCCAAGGCAUGCGAACGACAAGAGCUGGUCUUCCUCAGAGGUAACAAAGGCGAGUACUUGGUUCCUUUAGUGACUGGCUGCAAGGAUUCCAGAAGGUCACUUCUAAUUUGGGAGCCCUACUGCGUUGCCACAUCCUAACACUCAUUCUUCCAGCUCAGUGUUCAUCUAGUACCUAUUAUUUACUACAUCCCUCCCUCAUAUCUACAUGCAAAAGAGUUUGUCCUGAGAAAAUAAGUAAGUAUGUAUUAAGGAAAGACUUGGUUUAGAGGAUUAUCAAAGACGAGAGAACAUUUCAUUUACCUUUUUUUUUUCCUUUCCUUUUUCCAAGUCUGUUGCUAUUAGUAUCUAAACAAAAUCAUGACACCAUCUUUAACUAGGUGGAAUGUCUUGUCUGUCUAUGUAUUUGUAAUGGAGUCUGCCUUUACUUUCCCAUAAGUUUUUUGGCAACUCCAUACUCAAUGGGACCAAUAGUCGUGUCUAGUCCUUUUGGUGUUUAUUUAAGGAACAUUAUGAUUUUCUAGCCUUCA